AAAGUAAAAGUUAUUAUUAUCACAAUUGUAAGAUAAAAUUAAAUUAUUGCAAUAAAUAAAUAAAUAAGCACCAUGACGAUGAUGAUGGGCGCUUUCAUCGUAGAGACUAGAGCGACUCUCGCGGUUGUAAAGGGGGCGAUACAUUACUCGCUUGCUAUAAAUUUUAACCGCAUCACAGUUAAAUUUUAACCACACCAGAGUUUAACUAUAAACCCUUAUUAUUUAGAACCAGGAUAUAUACCUAUAUAUAUAACAGAGCAACCCGUCUUUCCCAAACCAGUUUCUUAUUAUUGCUUGUCCAAUAUGAUGAUGGGAGAACCAAACCCCUCAAAUCCCACCGUCCGAAUUCCUCAAUGGGACCCAUAUGAAGAUCCAAUGGCCGGUGGGGUCUCAUCACCUAUUUCCGUCAACAGUAAUGCCGGUACCGGAGAUUUCUAUCAUUUAUUGGAGAAGUUUUCGUCUCUCUACCGUUACCUUCCCUCGAACGAGUUCUUGCAUGGUGAGUCUGAUUCGCUGGGUGAUGAGUUGGAUGUUCAUGCCGACUCUUUCUCUUGUGACCAUUUCCGUAUGUUUGAGUUCAAGGUUAGGAGGUGCGGACGGGCGAGGUCACAUGACUGGACUGAAUGUCCGUUUGCACAUCCCGGAGAAAAGGCUCGCCGGAGGGACCCCCGGAAACACCACUAUUCUGGCAUAGCAUGCCCUGAGUUUCGUAAAGGGAACUGCAGGAAUGGCGACUCAUGUGAGUUUGCUCAUGGGGUUUUUGAGUGCUGGCUCCACCCUGCUCGUUACCGUACUCAGCCAUGCAAGGAUGGACUGAGUUGUGGCCGGAGGGUCUGCUUUUUUGCUCAUACAGCGGAGCAACUUAGGGUUUUGCCACAGCAGAGUCCGAGGGCAAAUGGGCCUUGCGAGUCUUAUGAUGGAUCGCCGAUUCGUCACUCUUUUCUUUCGUCUCCGCCUGUGUCACCACCGUCAGACUCGCCACCGGCUUCACCAAAUAGCCCGAAUGAACUACUUGCCUCGAUGAGGAAUCUUCACCUUGGUAAGAUCAAAAUGAGUUCUUCAGCUCCUUGGGGUUUCCAAAUGGGAUCUGGGUUUAUCUCUCCACGAGGUGGUUCGAUGCUCCGACCCGGAUUCUGCAGCGCUCCUUCGACGCCGACCCCAAACCCCAUCACGCUCCAGCUGGGUGCCAUGGAUCUUUGGGACCAGACCUUCGAGGAGGAACCGAAAAUGGAGAGGGUGGAGUCUGGGAAGAAUAUCCGAGCCAUAAUGUACGCUAAACUCAGUAGGGAGAACUCCCUCGGCCGAGACGACUCAGCAGCUGCAGCACCUGACGUUGGUUGGAUUUCGGAGCUAGUGAAGUGAAGCUGAGUGUUUAUUUUGACUAAAAAAUUUUGGGGUUUAAAAAAUCAGUGGCCUUUGAUCUUUCUAACUCUUGUGAAUAUUUCCUAAUUAAUUUCGAGUUUUCUUGGUGUAUAGUCAUGAAAAAUCGUCUUGAAAAAAAAAAGAAAAAAAGAAAAACGGAACCUUUGUAUAGACACUAAUGGAUUUUAUCAGUGCUGCUGAUGAUGAUGAUGAUGGCGUAGCUUUUUCUUCCAUCGAAAUUUGGCUAUGAAAAUGUUUUUUCCUUUUUAAAUUAAUAUUUAAUGUCUCCAAAACAAUGUCCAUUUUGCUUGUUAAUCGUAUGUUGUCGCUUGUCAUGAA